AUGACGUCAAGCAAAGCCUCCGACACUUCUUCGGGUGGUGUCGUCUCGUAUCACGGCGAUCCCUGGGCAGCCGCGACGAUGUACGACACGUCGGCGGUACCGAUUUUCACGGGACAAAACUACUCCGCGUGGAAGUUUAAGUUCCAAGUGCUCAUGAUGGAGCGGGGACUUUGGGGACUCUUCGAUGGAUCGGAGAAAAGGCCGACGGAUAACGAGAGCGCCAUCGCGGCAUGGAAGAAGAAGGACCAAAAGGCGUUCGCUACGCUAAUCUCGCGGAUCGGCAUCAACCUCGUGAGCUCGGUGCGCAUGUGUAUCAAGCUCGAAGCGUCGGCGCAUGAAGCAUGGAAGCGGCUCGAGACAAUGCACGUGAACAAGACUCUCCACGGCAAGAUCCUAGCCCGGAACGCGUUCUACACGGUGAAGUUGCGCGCGGGCGAAUCGAUGCACGAGUAUGCGACUCGUGUGGAGGAAUUUGGGGAAACAUUCAUGGACCUUGGUGGAACGGUCACCGAGGAGGAUUGGAUUCUCACCUUGCUUUGCGGCCUUCCGGAAGAGUGGUCGACGGUGAUUACGACACUCGAUAACGGUGAGGGCAACGUGCACACGGCAUCCGGCGAGGCCGAUGAAUCAAAGGAGUCGCUCGUGUUAGUGGCCGGCAACGGGAACGAAACUCCAAGCGACACGUGGUUCCUCGAUACCGGCGCAACACAACACAUGACGCACUCGGCGUCGCUCCUCAACAACAUUGGCGCUCCGGGAGACGUUACGAGCAUCGUGUUCGGAAACAACGAAUCGCUACCGGUGGUUGGAGUUGGGAGUACGCGCCUCAUCGUCGAUAGGGGACCGGUGGACAUCACAAACGUGCUUCACGUCCCGGGGGUGAAGGUGAACCUUCUAUCCGUCCCAAAACUUGCGAAGAAAGGCGUGAUCGCCACGAUCGACGGUGCGAAGAUGAACCUCUUUUGGAAGGGGGAGCAAUUCGCGCAAGGUGUUCUCAACGGAGAUAUCUACCAACUCAAGACGUACCCGAGAGUGGCUUCAUCCAACGUGGCUUCAUCCAACGUGGCGCAAGGAUCUAAGGCAACUCUCAAGGCGUGGCAUAAUCGGAUUGCGCACGCCAACUACGAUUCGGUCAAGGAGUUGGCCAACAAAGGGCUCGCGAAGGGAGUCGACGUGAUCGCCGGCGACGACGAGAAGGGCGUAUGCGUGGCGUGUGUCGAAGGAAAAAUGGCUCGCAAGCCAUUUGGUAGCCGAACCGCCAUGGGCCACGUGACACGCUCUCAGCAUGGCCUAUCACAGGAGAAUGACGUGGUAGAGGCGGGUGACGUGGCAGAGGCGGGUGGGCAGGGGCCGUCAGAGUAUGUGCAAGGAGCAGCAGGGAAGGGCAAGGCUGUGAAGGGGACAGGAGAGAGGGGGAAAGGAGGGAACGGGAGUGGAGGCAAGAAGGCGGAAUGGGGGCCUGAAACGAUCACGGAGCGUGGGAAGGGGAAAGGAGUCGAAGCACACACAUGCGUGCUGCCGCCGCCACUGCAGAGCAAGGGCCACUCGCAGCCUUGGGUGCCCAUCAUGCGGUGCCGCGCUGAUGUGGACUUUGUACUGGCCUUUCUGACAGACAUGUUCAAGGUGCCAAAGUGUUCCCAGUGCCUCAAGUGCCUGCGCAUCUUCAUCAACCACGUGCCGUGCUGCGCUCUCAUCGCCAACUUCGCCUAUCGCCCCGUGGACGCCCUCGUCACGCGCUUCCUCGCCGCCUUCCCCGCACGCUCCCCUGAGUCCCACCGCCUGCUCAAGGCGCUGCUGCUGCGCUCGCCCCUCACCACGGCGGAGCACACCACACUCAUCAACGAGUCCAGUCCUGCCCGCGAAAAGAGGGCCAUGACUGCCCUGCACCAAUGGCACGAGCAGGUGACGGAGCUGCCCAGGGAUGCGCGCAUGAGGGAGAGCGUGAUGCGGUUGAAGGCACGGCAGAUGCCACUGUUGUUGGUGCUGGCUGUGGCGCUGUACCAUGCGCAGCCCAUCAUGGGGGUGUCGCACACAGGCGAAACGGGCUCACACAACGGGAACGUGGAAAUGAUUGCACGGCAGAUGGAGAGGGUCCUGGGGAGCGGGGGCAGUGUAGGGGGUGUGGACGACGGGCAGGUGUGGGUGGAGGUGGAGUCGUGGUGCUUUGCCAUGAUGUACGCGUGGCACGCCACCACCAAGGUCAUGGGGCCGGGGCUCCUUGUGUCGUGUGGGAAGGACAGCAGCCAUGUGCCGCCCAGCAAGGCAGGAGCGCCCAUGUUACACGAGUGGGGUGUUGAAUUGUGGGCGCAGGCUGCUACACCCAGGUUCCGUGAUGACAUGUGCGCAAGUCACGGUGGGUGUGGCGAUGCCUGUGCGGACAGCAGCAGUGGGGCCAGUGGUGGCGGUGGUGGGGAGAGAGAGAGCGAGGAUGGAAAGGGGGAGGUGCCAGGUUAUCUGAAGCCCUGGCCCGGGGGGAUCAACCUGCUCGCAUGUCUGCGUGAGAUGCUGCUGGGGGAGGUGUGCUACCGCCCUGCCUGCCCUGCUGCAUCGUCCACCCAUGGUGCUGCAGCGAGUGUGUGUGUCUCCACAAGGCCUGUGCCCUCUUCCGCCGCUGCCGCACCAAGCACUGCACCUGAGGUGAAGGUGGAUUCACCAAAUGGUGAACACACGUAUGAGAAGCAAGGCUAG